AUGGGACAAACAGUGAAUGAAGAUUAUUUUGACUGGGACAAGUAUUUGAAAGAAACUGGUUCUAUAAGUGCUCCUUCAGAGUACUUCAGACAGUCUAAGAUUCCACCAACUAAUGAAUUCCAAGUUGGUAUGAAAUUGGAAGCCCGUGACCCUCGCAAUAUUGCUUCAGUGUGCGUUGCUUCUGUUAUUGCAACUACUGGUGCCAGAUUGCGUUUACGACUGGAUGGUACUGACAAUAAGAAUGAUUUUUGGAGACUUGUUGAUUCAUCAGACAUACAGCCUGUUGGGACCUGUGAACAGGAAGGAGAUUUACUUCAACCCCCACUGGGGUACAGAAUGAAUGUUUCAUCAUGGCCCAUGUUCUUACUACGAACACUAACUGGAUCUGAACUGGCACCUGCAGGGUUCUUUAAGAAAGAACCACCACCACCACCCCUAAAUAAUUUUAAAGUUGGGAUGAAGAUUGAAGCCGUCGAUAGAAAAAAUCCAUUUUUGAUCUGUCCUGCCACAAUUGGAGCUGUCAGAGGAGAUCAAAUUCAUAUUACUUUUGAUGGAUGGAGUGGGACAUUUGAUUAUUGGUGCAAAUAUGACUCUCGGGACAUCUUCCCAGUUGGAUGGUGCUGCCUCACAGGAGAUGUAUUGCAGCCACCAGGAAACAUUGCUAAGAAAAAACGCAAGGGCAAGACAGUCACCAAAACAUCGAAAGACCAAGCUGGACGUUUUGAAUACGACGAACCUGCCCCAGGUGAGAAAAAACGCAAGGGCAAAACAGUCAUCAAACCUCAGAAAGACCAAACUGGAAUUUUUGAAUAUGAAGAAGCUAUUCCAGCUGAGAAAAAACGCAAGGGCAGGCCAGUCACCAAACCUCGGAAAGAUGAAGCAAGUCAUUUUGAAAAUGAAGAAGCAGCCCGAGCUCUUUCAGUGAAGAGUGCAGAGAACACACCACCUUCCUCCUAUGAACAAACAAAAACCCCUACCUCUGAGAAAAAAAAGUCUUCCACCUCCAAAGGGGCUCAAUCUCCAAAAAUGAAGUCUCCACAGAAAACAACUCUUGUACUACCAGUACCAAAGACCAGCAAGAAAUCAGGAAAAACUAAACCAACUGGAGAUACUUCAGCAACAACGAAGGGUACUUGUAAAACUGUCUUACCAAAGGAAAAAGGUAGAAAGUCAUGGGUAAAGGAAAAAUGUAUUCCAGUUAUUUCUUCUACAUCUACAGCAUCUCUCAGUUCACUAAUAAGAAGAUCUUCAUCUAAUAAGUCUCCUGUGGGGCCAUUUAAAAUAGUGAUGUCUACAGUCUGUGUCUAUAUAAAUAAACAUGGAGAUUGUGGCCCCUACCUGAAUCCACAGAAAGUUCAGCAGCUGCCUGACCAUUUUGGUCCAGGUCCUGUGAAUGUGAUUCUCCGGCGGAUUGUGCAGGCCUGUGUGGAUUGUGCCAUUGAUUCCAAGACUGUGUUUUUAUUUAUUAAGCCAGAUAAUCGAGGAGAAGUAAUAACUGCCUUCUUUGAUGAGAAAGUUCAUAGUGUUCAGCUCCCUCCAGUGAAUAGUGCAUCAUUUGCGCUUCGCUUUCUUGAAAAUUUCUGCCGCAGCAUGCAGUGCGAUAAGUUUUUGAGUAGCCAGCCUUUGAAACCUAAGGCUCAUAUUCCUACCUCUACUACAGACCUUGAUCAAAACAAACCAGCAUUAAAUGAGGAACUAAAGGAAAGUAGAAGACUCAAACGAUGUUCUCAGCGACCUCUAACUUUUGCUCCAGUCUCAUCAAAGGUUCCCAGAAAGAGUGGGCGAGCCUCUAAAGCUUCAAGUUAUAUAGCUGUACGUGACCCCAGUGUCCUGAAACAAGGCUUCUGUAAGGACCCUUCAACCUGGUCUGUGGAUGAAGUGAUACAGUUUAUGAAACAUACAGAUCCUCACAUAGCAGGCUCCCUCGCCGAGCUCUUCAGGCAACAUGUAACGUAUCUUUUGAUCCGGUUUUCCUGCUGCCCUUAUGCCUUUGAAUGA